CAGAUUCUGUCCCUUUCUAGUUUAGCGCCAAAUGCCAUAACAUGAGGAUGGAUGGCCUGACUUCAGAAGCGAACAAAUCCAAACCGCAUCAUCAUAUCACGUACCACUUUCUUCUCCUCACCAAGCAUCCUCCUGUACAAACACAAGCACAAAUGCCUCUUACCCCACAAACCCAUCCAUAAUGGUUAAGUUCUACGAGUCGACCUUCGCAUACGACUACUCCUUUCCGGCCGUAACCCUCGCAUACUUCCUGCGAUACCCAAACCCAUACAGCACGCAUGUGCUUUCCACCGAUGUGAUCUCGCGGAGUAUCGAUGCCGCAGGCCGUCUCCAUACUCUCCGUGUCCAUCGGAAAUCCUCGAGGCUGCCAUCUGCGGUGCUGAAACUGCUGCCGCAGUCGGUGCUGGGAAACAUCAGUGGCGGGAGAUCAGAGAGCUACAUACUGGAAACCAGCACCAUUGAUGUUAAUGAGGGAUGGAUGCGAACUGAAAGCAAGAACCUGGAUUGGACGGGCAUAUUGAGUGUGGUUGAGAAACAGGAAUACCGAAGACAUGUGCCUGUUGACGGGGGAGAAGACUUCAGCGUCGGAGCCGGAACAACUGGCGUGGUUACGACAGUUAUGUUUAAGAGUCGACUAGGGGAUAGGUUAAGGGCUAGGGCAACCAGGAAAGGUGAAUCUGCUUCAGCUGAGGAUGGGGAAGAGCUAAAGAAAGGGUUUCUGGCUAGCUGGAGCACGAGCGGUAUCCAGCGAAGCAUCGAAGCUAUCGCCAGCCGGAAGACGGAGAACCAAUUGGGAAAGAGUAAGGAAGGAAUGAAGGUUGUUCUGGAGAGACUACGACAUGGCGGGCUCGUGGGUGUCUUGGAGGGUAUGAGGAAGGAUCGGGAAAUGGCAUUCGGCCGGGAGGGCGUCUGGAAGAACGCCUGAAAAGAAUAGUACGGUAUUGGCAAAUUCGAUACACGAAACGAAGGAGGGGAUUAUCCGACUGCACAGUUCGAUUGUGCAUGUCGCUUGUUGUAUCAAUACACGAGUUUUGGGAGCGUGGAGUUUGGGUCGGGUAUUCAGGCGUUUACCAUCAUUUGGUUCAUUAGUCCGCUCUUACAAUGUAAAAUGUCAAAACAUGUACAGCUGCAUCAUUAUUCAUGAG